AUGUCAUCAUUGUCAUUGUCUUGUAUUCCAUCUUGGUCAAACUGGUCCACAUACUCAUCAUGUACUGAAGAUUGUGGAGGAUGUGGUAAACCAGUUUCAACUCGAAAAUGUAUUAUAGAAAAAGAUUGUCCGGAACAAGAAUGUCUAGGUGAUUGGCAAAGAAUAAAAAAUGAUACAGAAUGUGAUGCGGCAUAUAAUAUUGCUUGUAAAGCACCAAAAUCACUAUGCUGUGAAGGAUACAAAAUUGUGAUUGAUAGAAAUUCAACAAACCCUAAAAUUACUUGUGCUUUUAAAAAAAAUAAAACUGUUAAUGAAAAAAAAAAACUUAAAAGAAAUACUUUAAAACAUUAUCAUUUAUAA